UACAAACUAACGUCAACGAUCGUUAAGAGAAUGUCACAAAUAGCUAUCUGGGCAUGUUUUAACCGUUUAUUGUCAUUUCUUAUUCAGGCUGGGACCUACUCCUACUUGGAGCCGACCUCAAACAAACACAAGUCUGCGAAUUUCCUUCCGCAAACACCGUUCAACGGUUUCAGCCAAUCAGCGCGCGCUCGCGUUUUAAAUGCCCUCAGCAGCGGCGGUUAGUGGAUGCCACAGCGAGCGACUCUUUUUUAAAAAUGUAUUUAUUCCGUUUAAAAAUGCGUCCUUUUCUCGUUUUUUGGGUCUGAUUUUGUUAAACAUCAUUUAAACUUAGAACCUCCGGUCCUUUGAUUGACUCAAAGGGAACUCCGUUAACGAUCGAGAGGCGCUAACUCCCAGAUGGGAACCGAGGAGAGAGAUUGGGUGGAUGUGGCUAAUGAUCUACUUUGCAAGUGUCACAUUAACCUGACAUUACAGAAAAUAACAGAUUGCGACGCUACUAUUUUCGUGGCUUUGUAUGAGGCCAUCUUGGGGGAGAAGGUACCAGAUUAUAUAUCUGUGCCAAAGAGCCAAGAGGAUGACAUACACAAUGUACAAUCGGUAAUUGACUCAUUGGCAUUGGACUAUCUCCAAAUCAGCUUAUCUCAUAUCACUGGUGAGAAUGUGGUGAGAGGAGAUAAGGACUCCAUCCGGAACCUUCUGGAGAUCUUUGAUGGGUUGCUGGAGUACCUGAGUGAAGAGGACGGUGGAGAACUCAAUGGUACAGUUCACCCCGCAGAAACACAGGGGCUUGAUGAAGAGGAGAGGACAUCCCAGACCUCUACUGCACACUCUGCCGUGCAGUCCAGCAAACAUUCCCUCCAUUCCUGGAAUGGGGACGAAUCCGAGUCGACUGCUGAAUUGAUCCGAUUGGCUGAUUCCGCCUGUACAUUCACCGUAUUGCACGGAGGGGUCGCCCCGGAGAAAUCUCCCCAUAUUCCACGGGAGCCAGAUCCGGCUGCAUCCCGGGCCACUCUGCUGCAUGAGCCGCUCCGCUCAGCCAUCCCGCUGCAGCCGCCCAGCCAGACCAUGCCUCAGUCGGUGGGCCUAGGCUUGUUCCCGCCCUCAGACAAGCCUGCCACGCCCACAGACCAAAAGAGGCAGGGUGAAGACGCUGCUAGCAGACAGAAUGGUCUGUUUCCAAGGCUGCAGCAUGAUGGUGUUCAUGCUAACGGAGCACUGCCCCCUCUGUUAUCUUGCACGUCCCCUGAGAGUGAGAAGUCUGUGCACAGUGUGAGAGAAACAUACUCUGAAGUUCCCAAAGUACAAGUGGAGGGCGGCCCUGAGGUGACUCGGCGGGUCCUGUUCCGGACUCAGCCUGAUGUGCGGCUCCUGUCCCAGCAGGAUGAGCAGGGGCGGAGCCAGCGAGAGGACGAUCCAACGCACAGCCAAGGAGAAGAGAGCGAGGAAGAGCCGGCGUAUAGUUCGGGGUUGUUGUCCGAGAGACGGAGAAGCUGCAGACGCACGAGGUGGGUAGAGGAGAGCGAGGACCCGCUGCACAGGCGGAGUCAGAGGAACCGGCAGGCGGAGCAGGAGCUACAGGAGAUGUCGGAGAACCUGGCACGUCGCCUAGAGGAGCUCGACCUGAAGACUUUGAAAAGGUUUACAAUACGGAAUGGCUGCAAAUCCACGGGAUGUUUCUCCUUGCAGAUGCUGAAGAGAGCGUUGGGAGAAGCGGGGGUGGAGCCUAAACCCCAGGAAGAGGACAAACGCUCACAUCACAGUGACAGCGUCAUGGAGUGCAGACGUGCCCCCCGACCCACAGAUCUGGCUGGUGUGGACAGAUCCCCUCGCACGCGCUCGCUCUCCCCCUCCCCGCCCCCUGCGUGCCACUCUCCCCAGAGCCAGCCAGAAGCCACCGUGUCAGCGGAUGGGCGGCUGCGUGACUCCCAUAGUCACCAUGGUGACCGCUGCGAGCACCAGCACCAGCAGAUCCAGUGCAGGAGAAGCCAGAUGGUGGCAGAUGCGUAUAAGGCAGAGCUGAAAAAUUUAGACGAGCAACAGAGAGCAGAAUUGGUCAUUGAGAGACUCCGAGCACAAGAAGCUGAACGAGAGUACAGGGAGGCCGUGCGUAAAGAAGCAACUCGUCUUCUGAAGUCGUCUCACGCCCACAGAUCCAAGUCGUUGCUCUUUAGCAGAACGGCGCGUGCCAAAACCGCUCCUACCACUCGACGGCAGGCCCAACCCCGCAAAAUGGCGCCUUUGCGGGUGAAGGAGAAUGACUUGCUGCCCACUCUGUUGGAGGAGUUCCCUCCCUUGCCAUUCUCUCGUCACACACUCAACUGCAUGUGGAAACAGCAGAUACAACAGGUCGACCAGCUCAACGCCCUGGACAAGCACAGCCGACACACACACACCGCCAAACUCUCCAACCAGAGAGAGGUGGAGGAGGCUCAGAGGAGACACGAGUUGCUCAUGGACAUCAUCCGCAAAGAGCAGGAGCACAGCCGCCGAUUGAAGGAAUUCCGGGAGCGUGUUCAGCAGCAGCGCUUGGCGCAGAACAAGCUCCGUGAGCAGAGGCAGCAGGUGGCGCGCGCCCGCAAGUACCACAACGACUACCAUGUGCAGCUCCGUGCCCGUCGGCUCCGGGCACGCACCCAUGAGGAGAGGAUGUUCCGGCAGGUGUUGGAGGAGGGCCUGGAGCUGCAGAAGGCUCGUCUGCGGGAGGAGCGAGCGUAUGCUAAAGAGCAGCGCCAGGAACGGCAGCAGCGGCACAAGGAUGAGAUGGAAGCCAUGGAGAACUAUUACAGGGACCAGUUCUCGAUGCUGGCCGAAAGACUGGCCCUGGAGCGGCAGGAGGUUCAGGUGCGGACGAAGGCCCAGGAGAAGGCGCUGCAGAAGAUGAAGCGGGAGCUGCGGAGAAGGAUGGAGCGCGAGAUCGGCGAGCUGCAGGCGCUCAUCCUGCAGGCCGACGAAGACGACUACUUCCGCCAGCUGGAGGCUGAGCGGCUACGCCGGCGCGUGCAAACAGCCUCCUUCCACUAUGGCACUAGCUGCGCGAACUGACUCCAGAUCAGGAGGGGAGCGCUGCCAGUGGGUGGCUUGCUGAACAGGGCUGCUCUGAGAUCAGCCGUGGCCGACCCAGUUUCUUGCAUAGAGGAUGGGGUCUUAGUGGUUUUCGGUAUUUAAGUGUUCGUAUUGCUGCAAUAAACUUCUGCAGAGUCCGUUUCUGCAUGUGGCGCCGGGUACGAGCCAUUUGGCUGAAUGGCAGAACCUCCGUGGUGAGGAUGGCACUCCUUUGAGUGAAGAACAUGUGGCUGCAAUAACACCAACUGUAUUUAUGGGAUUUCAAGUGUUUUCCUCGCAAUUUAUAAGUGUAAGAUCAAGUCAAACUCUUACUGUCUUUUACUGCAUUGUCAAAAAGUGGCAACAAGAACAACACGACACCAACCAGCCCUACCGAGCUAUAACCCAGCUGCCUGUUGAUUGCACACAUUUACGUUGUGGUUUGUAAAGUAUUUUAUUAAACCACAAAGAUGGGGAGGGGUAGAUGCUAAGCUGUGAUCCAUGUUUCUGGAAUCAAGAGUCUCACGCCAUACUGGACAUGGACAAAAACGGUUUUAGGUACAGUUAUUGCAAAAAGCAGCUCUGCUGUUACUACAAAAAUGAGACAGUUGGACUGGACUGCUUCUGCCUCAGCAGUUGAAGACAUGUUUCAGGCAAUGAGUCUUAAAUAGGACAGUACUGCAAUACACACACACAUACCCUUUUUUUGCUGCUAACACUGAGUCUUUAAUUACAAAACUGGGUUGCAUCACCAAGUUUUUUAUGACUUCUUUUAAAUUCUUUGGGUGGUGUAUAUGUUUUGCUUUUUUUUUUUUUUUUUUUUUUGGGAAGUGCCCCUUUCCAUGGCAGUAGACCACAGACUAAUGCCCCCGUGUUAAUAACGUCUCCUAAGUCUACACCAUCAUAGGUGAUGAUAGCUUUGAAUUCCUCAUUGCUGAACUGGGUUUUCUUUAUUUGUGAACACCGUCAUUAUUUAUUAAACCACAAAAUUAAUUUUGCUAAUUGCACUAACAAAUACAAGAACUAUCAGUGUGAA